AUGGAGGAGGAACCGCCUCCUCCUCAGUCAUCUAUUCCUAAAGAUGUAGAGAUGCAAGAUGAUAAUCAUGAAGGAAUUAAUACUCAGCGAGCUAAAUCUCCAUCACAAUCGACCAUGCACAAUAGUGGAUUGUCAACCGAAGGUCCGAUUGUUCAACUAUCAAACAAGGGUAAGGAGUUAGGUGCAAAUCAGGUUCCAGGAUUGCCUAAGAAAACUUGGUUUCCUCCAAAAGAUGGAGUGAUGAAGUUAAAUGUGGAUGGUGCUUGGAAGUCAAAUGUAGUGGCAGGAGGUGGAGGUGUGUUCAGAAGGUCAACAGGUUCCUGGUUUGUUGGUUUCUCCAGUAAAUUCACUGUUAGCUCCCCUCUUGCUGCAGAGCUUUAUGCCUUAAGGGAGGGACUAAUUAUUGCAAGAGAUUUCAAGUUUGAGAAGUUGGAGAUAGAAACUGAUGCUUUAAACCUCAAAGUGCUUUUGGGAAAAAUCAAGGAACAAGAUCAUCAUGAGUUGGGUCCUGUUUUGAGGGAGGUUGCCAACCUUCUUAAUCAGUCUUGGGUAGGAAACCUCACUCACAUUCCUAAAUUCUGCAACAAAGUGGCUCAUUCUUUAGCUGCUCAUUCACUCAUCAUGGCAGUAGGAAGCAAGCUGCAUUACAUUAUUCCUUCCUGUGCAAGAAGUGAUUAUGAAGCUGAUUUUGAAAACGUUAAUCCAGAUUAUGUUGAAACAGUUAGAAGAAAGGCAAGGGAUGAAACAAGUGCAAUUGUGGGUGCUAAUCCUUCUAUUGAUAAUGCAGUUCAUUUGAAUCAGGGGGAAACUUCAGGGGGAGCUGCGCAGCUGGUGUUUGGGUCCAUUGUUACUGACAUCAAGGAAGCCAGAGACAGGUUGAAAAAGGUUGAUAACAAAAAUCAAGAUACCGGAAAAGAGACAGCUUUCAUUCCUUUUGUUGUUGGUGGUUCAACAAUGGAUACAGCUAUUGAAAUUGUUGAAGUAGAGGAAGGGGAGAUUACCAACAACUGA